AUGCCAGCUACAUUAAAACCAAGUACAAAAGUGUUCAAGUUAAACAACGGAGUGGAAAUUCCUGCUGUUGGGUUGGGAACAUGGAGAUCUGUUGAUAAAGAUUCCGGUUAUAAAGCUGUCGAGUUUGCGUUAAAACAUGGCUACAGACACAUUGAUGACGCCAAGCUCUACGAAAACGAAGAGCAAGUGGGAAAAGCCAUUAGACAAUCUGGAGUCCCAAGAAAGGAAAUUUUCGUCACUACCAAAUUGUGGAACACCGACCAUAAAAAUGUUGAGGCGGCAUUGGAUGAAUCAUUGAAAAAAUUGGGUCUUGAUUAUGUGGACUUGUACUUGAUUCAUUGGCCCCAAAAUACUGAUCAAGAGGUGGAUGAUCCAUCGAAGUAUGAAGAUUAUGUUGAAACUUGGAAGCAAUUGCAAAAGAUCUACAAAGAAGGCAAAAAGGUUAGAGCCAUUGGGGUUGCCAAUUUCACAGUCAACAAAUUGGAAAAGUUGUUAAAUGCAGAUGGAGUUGACGUUGUACCAGCAAUCAACCAAGUGGAGACACAUCCACUUCUCAAUCACGAAAAAUUGAUUGACUAUUUGAAGACCAAGAACAUCGUCUUGACAGCUUAUUCACCUUUUGGCUCAGACAAGAGCCCAAUUUUGGACAACAAAACUGUCAAAGAAAUUGCUGAAAAGAAUGGCGUCGAUCCAGGACAACUUAUUGUCUCGUGGUUAGUUCAAAGAGGUGUAGUUGUCAUUCCAAAGUCAGUCACUGAAACGAGGAUCUUGUCAAACUUUGAGACAUUCACCUUGCCACAAGAGGACUUUGAAGCAUUAAACAAGUUGGAGUCAAAGGAAGGCACAAAGAGGUUCAAUGACACUCCUUUCAACAAUUUUGAUGAGUAA